AUUCCUGCUCCUCUCCACUUUGCAUUCCUGAGGAGGUUGGAGCCAGCCCCUAGGCCUCCCUCUCCAUGGUCCUUACCCCUUCAACUUCAGCCCUGCCUGAAAUUUGGGACUGAGUCUCUUCCUCUCUAGGAUCACUGCCACUAUCAUGGGCGUGUGAGGGGCUUCCAAGACUCCUGGGUAGUCCUCAGCACCUGUUCUGGGAUGAGUGGCCUGAUUGUGCUCACCAGCAAUGUCAGCUACUAUCUUUAUCCCCGGCCUCCUGGGGACACCGAGGACUUUGCAACCCACAAGAUCUUCCGGAUGGAGCAGCUGCUUACCUGGAAAGGGACCUGUGGUGACAAGGACUUGGGGGACAAAGUGGGCAUGGCCAGUCUUCCUCAUGCCCCCCAGAGCAGGGUGAGGCGAGAGGCCCGCAGGAACCCCAGGUACCUGGAGCUGUACAUAGUGGCUGACCACACCCUGUUUUUGAUCCAGAACCAGAACUUGAACCAAACCAAACAGCGUCUCCUGGAAGUCGUCAAUUGUGUGGACCAGAUUCUUAGGACUCUGGACAUACAAGUGGUGUUGACCGGCCUGGAAGUGUGGACGGAACAGGACCGCAGUCGCAUCACAGAGGACGCGAACGCCACACUCCGGGGUUUCCUGCAGUGGCGCCGUGGGCUGUGGGCGCGGCAGCCACACGACUCCACACAGCUGCUCACAGGCUGCACCUUCCAAGGCACCACCGUGGGCCUGGCGCCUGUGGAGGGCAUGUGCUGUGCGGAGAGCUCCGGAGGUGUGAGUUCGGACCACUCGGAACUCCCCAUCGGUGCAGCGGCCACCAUGGCUCACGAGAUAGGCCAUAGCUUGGGCCUUAGCCACGACCCGGAAGGCUGCUGCGAGGAGGUAGCCGAGCGAGGUGGCUGCAUCAUGGCGGCGACCACUGGGUACGCACAAGGUCCUCAGCCACCAGUCCUGGGCUCAUUCCUCUUCUUUUAAAAAAUAUUUUGUUUAUUAUUUUUAUUUUACGUUAUGAGUGUGUUGCCUGUAUGCAUGUAAGUGCACCCAUGUUGUGCAAUGCCCACGGAAGUCAGAAGAAGGGGUCGGAU